AUGUCAAAAUGUGAACUUUUUAUUAAAUUAUUAAAAAUGUUAGAUAGCGAACAAAUCGAUUUUGCAAGAGAAUUAUUAUCAAACAACAACAAGGAAUUAUUAUUCGAAUAUUUGGAUCAAGAUGGAAAUACAUUGUUACAUCGAUAUCUAAUAAAAAAUAAACCAGAAAUUGUACGUUUUUUAAUUAAAAAUGGAGCAAGUGUUAAUGUAUUGAAUAGAGAUGGUUGGUUACCAUUACAUUUGGCUGCCUUUUGUUGUUCAGAUUUAGACAUACUCCAAUGUAUUAUCGAUUCAUCUCACGGAAAAUAUACAAGAUGA